AAUUAUUCUACGCGAGAUCGCGUCUGAUAACCUAUAUGGUACCAGUUAUUAUGUAUUAUCUAUGCUAUAUGGCAUAGUGCUCUCGUUCUCUGCAUUUGUAAUUAAUUUUGGAAAAUGCCGCAUUUUAGAAUUGAAACUAACAUUCCUCGAAGUAAAAUUCCACAGGAUUUUGUCACUAAAGCUAUUCCACUUGUGGCUAAAUCUCUUGGAAAACCUGAACAAGUAUGUCCUUAUUAAAACUUACUUCUUGAGGGCACUCUAAGGUCAAUUUAAAAAAGUGCCCAUUUUAUUAGUAUCAUGUAGAAUUUCUAUUUUAUUAUUUCAUCGAUGAUUUAUUUUUAUGGGAUACAACGAGAAAAUAUAGAUAGAUAUAUUUGCAUUGUGGUUUGUGAAGCCAUGGUAGGUGAUUAUCUAAAUUUCAAUUUUCAGUACUGUGCCGUUUCUAUUAUCCCAGAUCUUCCUAUGAGCUUCGGUGGAACUACAGAUCCAUGUGCAAUCGCUAAUCUUAUGUCAAUUGGUGGACUUGGAGUAGAGCUUAACAAGAAGCAUGCUAAAGUGUUGUUUGACUUGGUUGAAAUGGAAUUAGGAAUUCCAUCUGACAGAAUGUACAUUACAUUUCAAAAUGCUCCUACUAGUGAUGUAGGCUACAAAGGAACAACUUUCCAUGAAAUAUUUGGAUAAGAAAAAAGGUCAUUUAUUUGAAUCUUCUAGGAUUUUAUAUAAAUGUAGUAUGUAGGCAUUAAAUAAAAGAAUUCUAUAUUAAUUGUUCUUUACAUUUUAGAAAACUAUUAAGAGCCUUUCUAUUGUUUGUUUGAUAUUUAAUUGACAUAUUUGUAUAUUUAAUAUACAUUUAAAUAUAUUUAUUGUGUGUUAUUUCCACACAAUCAUAUUUAUGAAAGAAGAUUUGCA